AUGCUCGACUUCCUCUUCGUCGACCACUCCAUGUUCCACAUCCUCCACUUCGAGCCCAUGUCCACCAACAUUGCCGAAGCCAAGCUCGAGCCCAUGCUCCUCUAUGAAGUCGAUCGUAUCACCAAUCAAACCAAUCACAACCAUUUAUCCAACUCCGCCGACUGGCCCUUGGACAACUGUGGCCUCCAUUUCACGAGGGGCUGCAGCUCUUGUGUUGGUGGCAGUACAAGCACCUUGCUCUAUGUCACUUCCACUAGCUCAGGACCAUUGUCUAGUGUCAUGCAUCCCACAUCACCUGCCGGCCCAAUCCAGACGUCAGCCAGUGGUGGGUCACCCGGCAGUGUUCCUUUGGCACCAGUCGCCGUUCCAUCUGCAGGAAACAGUAUCCCUCCUGCACAAACCAGCACCUCCACUGUUGGAAUCACCAUUACAGUCUCGAACGCUGGUUCUGAGAGCACUCAAACUGUGGCAUCCGCAACAAAUGUGGUCGAGAGCUCUUCUGUCAUCCCCGUGCCACAAGAAUCUGCCCAGACAAGUGCCAUUAGUGUUCAGUCGGCAGGAACAGCUUCUCGAAACAUGGAAUUCCCAUCCGUCGGCACGACAAACGCGGUCGCACCCUCUGCUUCAUCAGACAUGGCUUCGCCCUCUGCUCCAAUGGAUUCACAAUCGACCGUCACAAUCCCUGUCACUAAAUAUACUACAGUAUGCACAUCGUGCGAUUUGACUGCAGCGCAACCAUCGAUGCCUGCUGGGUCAUCUCCAGCCUCCCCAAUGUCUUCGCCUGAAGCUAUUUCCUCGCCUGCGCCUCCUGUCUCAGGUGACAUGUCACCAUCGGCACCUGCCAAUGCCCCAUCAUCGCCCACUACUAUGGCUGCUUCAACAGGCAUGUCCUCGCCAGCCUCGCCAGCCUCGCCUGAGUCCAUGGGUGCAGGCUCUGCUCCAGCACAGAUGUCUUCUCCUUCGGCUGCAAUAGCCUCCGAGCAGCCACCGACAAACAUGCCUGCCCAAGAGAGCAUACCUGCUCAAAACAGCAUGCCCGCUCAAAGUAGCAUGUCUGCUCAAGAAAGCACGCCCGCUCAGAACAGCAUGCCUUCGCAGCCAGCCAUGCCCGCUCAAUCUAAUUCUCCUUCAGCGAGCGAUAAGUCCAUGCAAGGCAGUGCUCCUGCUCAGAGCGAUCAAUCUAUGCAGCCCAGCUCGCCUCCACAAUCCCUCGCAUCCCCCGAGGCCAGCUCUCCCUCGGACUCCAACUCUACGCUUUCAUAUCAUCCUCCACAGUCGAGCUCGCCUCCUUCCCGCACUGGUAAUGGAUCUAGUGGUAGUGCCACAAAGCCGAAUAUGCCAUCUGCUACUGAUACCAACAUAUCUUCGGGCUCUGAUCAGAAAGCUAAGGCUUCUAUGUUAACUGUAGCAGCUUCCAUGGUCAUGGCUGUUACUAUGCUCCUGCUCUGA